AUGAAAAGAAAGUUACAGGUCUUCCAUGGACAUGCUAUUUUACUGCGGAUGGUAUUAAAGCAGACCCGCAGAAAGUUGAAGCUAUUCUCAAAAUGGUCAGUCCUACUGAUGCUCCGGGAGUCCGAAGAUUUUGUGAACAUGGGACGUGGCAAAAAAAAAACCAAGCCUUACAGAAAACAAUCUGAAUCAAAUCAGCCUAAAGAUGGAUCCUGUAUAUUUGUGAAGCUUGACAAGGGAGUGUGGUGGCCAGGAUAUGCCUCGGAGGGAAAAGGCUACUUCUAUGAUGAAGAUGAAUACAUAACCCUCAACAAAUCUAAUUGGAAAUAUACAGUCAGUGAUGAACAGCUGAGGAAAUCACUAGACAAACUGAAAGGUAGAAAUAAAAGGAAAUUUUUUGAUGAUUUGGAAGCAACAAAGUCAAAGAAAGGCAGUGGAAUGACAGGACAUGCUGAUGGACAAGAAGAGAUAGUAGAUGAUAACAUUGAUGAACAAGAAAGGCUUGAAGAGAAUAGCAAGAUUGUGAAGGAUGGACAGAUAAAGGACGAUGACCAAGAGAAGAUUGUGAAGGAUGGACAGAUGAUGGAUGAUGACCAAGAGAAGAUUGUGAAGGAUGGAAAGAUGAUGGAUGAUGACCAAGAGAAGAUUGUGAAGGAUGGACAAAUGGUGGAUGAUGACCAAGAGAAGAUUGUGAUGGAUGGACAGAUGAAGGACGAUGACCAAGAGAUGUUGGUGGAGGAUGGAGAGUUAGCAGAUGAUGAACUAGAAAGGAGAUCAAAUGAUGAACUAGAAUGGAGAUCAGAUGAUGAACUAGAGAGCAUAACACUAACAGAUGGUCAUGAUGGAAACAUGAGUUUCAGAUAUGAUGGAAACAUGGUCAUGCUGAAGGAAAACAGAGAAGCCUUUAGUGCUGUUAAAGAAAAGCCGGAUCUGGAGGAAGUAAUGGAUUCUUGCAGCGAGGACAGCAACUGCUCGCUGAUUUGGCCCAUAUUGAGUGUUAGUCUGAGAAAGACCAGAAUCUUAAAAAGAUGGAAAACCAAUGACUCACAUAAAGACAGUGAUAGUAGUGUUCAUGACUAUGAUUCUGACAGCAGAGACCCUUCUUAUAAGCCACAGAAGCCUGAUAGACUUGAUGAUGGUGAGACAGAUGCAAGUGACCACAAUGAUUCCAGUGCAUUGACCAUCACCAAGAAAAGAAAGAGCCUUCACUGGAAAAAGAAAGAAAGAAAAAAAAACAGGGUGCCCUGGACCAAAGCUGACACUGAAAUCCUUAAGCGCAUAUUUCAUCCAUGUAUUACAUCAAAUAAGCCUCCAACAAAAAACGAUGUUUUAUUAGGGACAAGGAAAAACACUUAUGUGAAAACAAUGUUCGAAAAAAGAGGUUGGAAGUGUAUUAAGUAUUACGUUUGGAGCCUGACACAACAGCAUCAGAAAAAAAAGAUGAGACUUUUGCAAGCAUCUUCUUUGCGGAACUAAAUCUAUGUUAUGUUCGUCAAGAAAUGUUUUGAUUCCAAUAAUGAAGAGUGUGCCGUUUUUGGUGUUUUACUUUACUUUUAUUUACUUGUGACGACGAAAUGACUCGGUUGAAUUAAUUCCAUUUCUUGGAAGAACCUAGGAUAGAAUUAUCUACGUACAUUUGUUUUGCAUCCAAUGAUACACUGUAUAUGUACUUAUAUCAGCAAAUGUUAAUUGGUGCUCUGAAUGAGUUGGACAUUUAGUACAUACAAUUUUCUCCUCACAAAAUUUAAAUAAUUUUCUUGCGAAUUCCCUUUGAACAUUUAGCUUGAAUCCUUAUGUCUCCAUCACCGUCAGUCUUUGCCUUUGUGGCAAAAUCUUCAAUGUUUAUUCUAAGGCUUCUUCUGUUUCUUAAUAAUAAUUCCAUUCACUCUCCAAAAUAACUCGUCUUAAUUUGAUCCAGGGAAAUACCUGUGUUUGACAUUUAAGUGGCAAUGCAAGAUAUACAAGCGAAUGUUUGUUACCACUAUUUUUCAUUAAAAAAGAUAAAAUUAGGACCUGAUUCAUUUGUAUGGAUGAUUUUAAAUAUAUAUAAUCAAUGUCAUCAAGGUCAUAUAUUGGAAUAAGAAAUCCUGACCUUUUACAUAGUACUAUGGAAGUAUUAGAGAACUCUCAAUGAUAACAAAUCUCAGAUAUAGUGCAGAGGAAAAUGUGAAAUGUUACAUUGUAUGUGUUUAUUUAAUGCAAUAUUGCAUUCAAUAUUAGUAUGAUGCCAUGUUAUUUUCAACUUACUACAUUUCAUGUUUAAGCCUAAGGCUAUUUGGAUAUUUAUACCCUUCGAUGCAAAACAAUGCAAUGUUUGAUAUCUUUUGAAGACUGAGAGAUUUGUUUUUUUGAAUUUCAGUUAUUGUUUAAUUUGGUAUUGAAGAUAAAAAAUGUUCACUGUUGAUUUGAUUGCGAUCUUUACAGCUAGUGCUAGCUAUCUAGUUGUUAUUAUUUGUUUUUGUGUGAAUAAAUCCAUUGUAUCAAUCAAAUCUGUUGAGUUGAUGGAUUCAGCAGGUGCUUGUGGGGAACAACUUAGUAUCUCUCUGUGAAGAGGGUUUAUGAGGAAUACAUUCUCACUGAUAAGUGUUUGUGGGGAACAUCUUGGUAUCUCUCUGUGAAGAGGGUUUAUGAGGAAUACAUUCUCACUGAUAAGUGCUUGUGGGGAACAACUUCGUAUCUCUCUGUGAAGAGGGUUUAUGAGGAAUACAUUCUCACUGAUAAGUGCUUGUGGGGAACAACUUGGUAUCUCUCUGUGAAGAGGGUUUAUGAGGAAUA